AUGAAUACGGCAUCGACAAUGCCUGGGAUAAACUGGCUACUAAGCCAAGGAUCUGUGAUUUCACCACUAACGCAGCAACUUUCUACUACAUCCAACAAUUAUGUGCUUUCAUCUGCCCUUGGCGAUGGAGAACAUUUUCGUCAUCGACGUCCAUUUCGUAUUCGUAAACUGAGCCCAAUUAGGGUACCAUCUCAAUGUAAUGACCAAUCUUUAGUGCUUACCAACAACAUUCCACAAUCCGCCGAGAAAAUUGUACGUUUCCAUAUGAAUCAGUACGAACAUAAACGGCAAGUCAGUGUUUUGAACGCGGAUCUCACUGGUGGUAGCAAAAUUGUCACUCGACGUCGUGAGGAUGGCAAUCUGGAUGUUCGUAUCAUAUAUUCUCGCGAAUUUAUUGUUGCAGCAUCGGCUAGUCCGUAUGCGUUACUGCCACCGGCUAAUUUCCGACAAAUGGUCUUAGAAAUGAUGGAUAUUAUUGCUAAAUUUCCAAAAAGCUAUUAUAAUUCUAUUCGUACGGAUAUUGCUUCAGAGAGCUUCCAGUAA